AUAUGUGGUUCCAGCCUUGUAAACUAAUUCUCCAAGUAGGAAUCGUUGGGAAAAAGUAAUGGGUUUGCUUCAAAGCCAACCGAAUCUCACUCGUUUCCUCGCCUUCUCAUACUCCCAUUGCAUCUUUCUCUUUCCUAUAUAAAAAUACAGUAUUUGUUAAAUCUAUUUAUGUUGUGGCCUAUAUAUGAUUUGUAGCUUUCAAAGUUAGGAAAACAAUAUAGUGGCACACCAAAUUCCUGGGCAACUCUUAUUUACAGGAGUUUUCAAUCUCUGAUCUUGUUACCUCAUACGUACCAUCCCCUUUCACUCAUACUAACUUUUCUACUUUCUGCAUAAAACCCUGUUUUUUUUAUUCCCUUGAUUUCAUCACUCUAUAUUCGUUCUCUCCGAGCUUGUUGAUGAUGAUGAUGAUGAUGAUGAUGGACAGUCAGGAGGAAGUUGUUGCUUGUAAAGAUCAGUUGCAGAUUAUCAAAGGGAAACGUAGCAAACGCCCAAGGCAGCUGUCUCCUCUGAGUUUGGCGAUGGGUUCAAGCCCAACGACAACGGCGACGACUUCUAGUGGAGCAGAAAGUGGAAGAAACAGCGAUGAUUGGAGGGGGUUUGGUUCUCCAACAACAUCUGUUGAGUUAGCAGAAAGCACCAAGGAAGACGAAGACAUGGCUAAUUGUCUGAUACUUUUGGCUCGAGGUCAAACAGGAAAGUUGGCACCCGAACCAGUUUCUAUAGCGACAACAAGCAAGACGAUGACCGGGACAUAUGUUCACCAGUGCAAGACGUGUAAUCGGUGUUUCCCUUCAUUCCAGGCGCUUGGUGGACAUAGAGCCAGCCACAAGAAACCCAAGGUUGCUAACAUUGAAGAGAAUAAUAAAGGGUUGAUGUUUAUGAAAGAGGACGUUCAACAGCCAUUCAGUGACAUGAACACAACGCUUUCACUCCAGAUUACGAAUAAGCCUGCUUUAUGCCAUAUCAGUAAACCCAAAGUUCACGAGUGUUCCAUGUGUGGCGCUGAGUUCUCGUCCGGACAAGCUCUUGGGGGUCAUAUGAGGAGGCAUAGGACCAUUCCUAAUGCUGCUGCUGCAACAACAAUUGUGAGGCCUGAAUCAGAUGAUAAGCCCAAGAAGCCAAGAACUGUUCUGCAAUUGGACCUUAACCUUCCAGCACCAGAAGAUGAUCAUCAAAGGGAAACUAAAUUUUCAUUUGCUUCCAAGCAGGACAAACUAGUGCUCUUUUCGGCUUCUUCUUUGGUUGAUUGCCAUUACUAGAAAUGCAAACUCAAUCAAUGUUGUAUUAUUAACAUGGAUUGUUUUCUCAUGAAAUACCAUUCAUAAUUGUUCAUUAAUUCUUUGAAUUAUUUUAAAUAUAACGUUUUGUUCCAUGUUAA